CUCUUUUUUCUUUCACACAACAUAAACCAUGGCCCUUAAGCGUUCAGAUAGAAGAGAAGAAGAAGACGAAGUUCCUUUUAAUGAGGAAGAAGAUGACGAAGAAGAUUACGAAGAAGACGACGAGGAUAGACCUGCCAAAAGAAAGUACAAUCCUUUUAUUGAUGAAAUGGCCAUUGUCGAUGACGACGAAGACGAUGAGGAAGACGACGAAGAAUACGGCAAAGAAGAUGGUUUCAUUGAAGAAGAAAAUGAAGAACUCACCACCACAAAGACAACAUCUCGUCGUCACCUUGAAUUGGACCGCAGAAGAAGAGAAAUGGAAGGCAUGGAUGAUGAACAAGUAGCCGCUUUCUACGCUGAAAAGUAUGGUGGACGUAGUAAACCUCAAAGCUUUAAAGAUACCGAAGAAGUACCACAACAAUUAUUGCUUCCUAGUGUCAAUGAUCCUAAUUUAUGGAUGGUGAAAUGCAAACCCGGCAAAGAAAAAGACGUUAUUUUUGGCUUAAUGAAAAAAUACUUUGAUAGACAAAAUGGUUCUCAUCCUAUUGAUACCUUCUCUGCUUUUGCAAGAGAAACACUCAAGGGCUAUAUCUAUAUUGAGGCACGUAGACAAGCACAUGUGCAAGAAACACUCACUAAUAUUCCCAAUGUCUACAUGUCUACGCUCAUGCUUGUGCCUAUUAAAGAUAUGGUUGAUUCCAUUACGGUCCAAAAAAAGGAAGUGGAGAUUCCUUUGGGUGGUUGGGUUCGUGUCAAACGUGGUACUUAUGCCGGCGAUUUGGCUCAAGUAUUAGAGGUUUCUGAUUCACAAGAUUCUGCUCGUGUCAAGGUGGUCCCUCGUUUAGAUACGGACUCAAGCAACGAUGAUUUACAACAAGGUAACAAGCGUAAAAAGGGUGUGCGUGCUCCACCUAAACUAUUCAAUCCUGAACGUUUGGCCAACAGAUCCCUCUCAAGCCUUCAAAAAAAGGGACCUUACUGGGUAUACAAUGGCGAUCAUUACCGUGAUGGUUAUCUUGAAAAAUACAUGAAAAUCACCACAUUACAAAUCGAAGACGUGAAUCCUACGCUGGAUGAAAUUGCUCGGUUUGCUGGUAAUGGUGAGCUCAAUGGGGAAGAUGGUGAACGCUCCAUUGAUUUGACUUCGUUGUCCAGUAUGGCUAUCAAUAAUGCUCAAGCAUCCACUGUCUUUCAGAAUGGUGAUGUUGUGAGUGUGAUUGAAGGUGAUAUGAUUCAUAGUUGGGGUACUGUUGAAAGUGUGAAUGAUACACAAGUCACUGUCUCUUUGGAAGUUGAUGGUAUGAAGAAGCGUGUUACUUUACCUGCCAAACAAUUACGUAAAAAGUUCAAAGAAGGUGACCAUGUCAAAGUCAUCAAUGGUCGUUUUAAGGACGAAAGUGGUUUGGUGCUCAACAUCCAAGACAACAUUGUUACCUUGUUAUCUGAUGCAUCAUUAAAGGAAGUGCGUGUGUUUGCUAAGGACUUGAGAGAAGCUGCUGAAGUCAUGUUUGGUAAGACUGUCAUUGGCAACUAUGAACUUCAUGACCUGGUGCAACUUGACUUUUACACUGUGGGCGUGAUUGUCAAGGUCAAUCGUGAUUCCUUCCAAGUCUUGACUCAAAAUGGUGAAAUGCGCACUGUGGAGCCUCAUCAAAUUACCAACAAGCGAGACAGUAAUAAGGCAGUAGCCACUGAUGCCAAUGGUAAUAGUAUUCGUUCAGGCGAUACUGUUAUGGAAGUAGGUGAUAAACGUACAUGUUCUAUUCUCCAUCUCUAUCGUCACCUUGCCUUUUUGCAUUCUCGAGAACAUUCAGAAAACUUUGGUGUUUGGGUGACCAAUACCCGCUCUAUCAUGAGCGCAACCACACGUAGCCGAAGCUUAGCUCAGCCCAAGGUCACUAACCCUCCUUAUAAUGGUGGCUAUGGUGGUAGAGAUGAUAGAAACGGAUUUGACAGCAGAGGUGGUCGAGGUGGUAGAGGCGGUAUGGGCCGUGGUGGAUUUGCAGGACGUGGCCGUGGUGGUAGAGACAACCUGGUGUCCAAAACAGUCCGUAUCUCUCAAGGUCCACACAAAGGCUAUAUUGGUAUUGUCAAGGAAACCACCGACUCACAAGCUCGUGUUGAACUGCAUACCAAUUCUCGCGUACUCAGUAUUGAUAAAGCACAUUUAAUGAUCCUCGAUGCUCAAGGCAAUCCUGUGGGUCAAGCUGCUCCUGAUCGCUUUGAUUCACCUGCCAACAAUGGUGGAUUUGCCCGUCCUAUGGCUACACCUAGUCGAUAUGGUGACGGUGCCAUGACACCUAUGCACAGUGCUUCUGGAUCUCGCACACCUGCCUGGAAUGCCUCUGGAUCUAAGACACCUGCUUGGAAUUCAGGUGCUCGAACACCUAAUCCUUAUGCUAAUGACGGUGGCCGUACACCAGCUUGGGAUUCUGGAUCCAAAACCCCCAUGUGGAGCCAAGAGCCAUCCUCUGCCUGGAGUGCUAGUUAUGAUAGCCAUUCAAGCAGUAAGGCAAAUACGAGUAGCAGUAGCAGUAGUAGCCAAUCCCAUUAUAACAACGCUCAAUCUGCAAAGACACCUAGUUAUUCUAGUAUGAGCAACAACACAAGUCGAUAUUCAGAUGUAGAUACAGCCGCUACUCCUGGUGCUUCAUGGACUGCACCAACACCUGCUGCUAGCUAUGAACCAAGAGCACCAACACCUGCUGUUAAUUUCGCGCAAACACCUUAUGAUGCACCUACACCAUAUGAAGCUGCGCCUACUCCAGGUGCUGGCUUGAUCCCUCCUACUCCAGCUGCUAUGAUGUCUGCACCUACACCAGGCAAUUACUUACCGACCACACCAGGUAAUUUUAUGCCUACUACACCAGCCACUGGUGUUCCUCAAACACCAUUCAUGCCAAGUGGUGGUGACUAUGGUCAUGUAGAAGAUCAAGCUGAUCAAGGCGAAGAUAACUGGCCUAUUGAAGAAAUUGAAGUUGUAUUGAAAAAGAACCAAGGUGAAGCACAAAAGGGACAAUAUGGUAAAAUUGUCACUGUCAACCGUAAUGCACGUAAAUGUUUGGUCAGUUUACUGGACAAUAGCCAAACCAAGGUUGAUGUGGCAUUUGAACAUAUCGAGCCUGUUAGACCCAGCAAAAAAGACAACGUCAAGAUCAUAUUGGGUGAACAUCGUGGUGAACUGGGUUCUCUUAUUGGUGUAGAUAGUCAUGAUGGUAUUGUUCGUCUAAAGGGAGACGGUAGUGGUUUCAAAAUUUUGAGCAUGAAUUCAGUUGCAAAAUACACUGGUACUGACAAUGUUGAUUAAGCCUCUCAUUCUGUAAAUCACUUGAAAAAAAGAUGCGUUCAUGUUUAUCCAUAAUAAUAAUAAUAAAAAAAUGUUUGUUACAAGAUCAUCAACAAUAUGC